UAAGGAAAGGUCACUUUAUUCUACUGUUUACUUAUUGUUUAUUGAACAUAAAUGAAUGCUCUAUUUCAUUAAAAGCUUUUUCUGCGGCUAUGGCUGUAAAAUGAUUUAGGUUGCUCUUUUAUUAAUAUGAUCUAUUAUACGUAGUUUUCCUAAUACUAAACCAGACCUGCAUACCUAAUACAGGUUCAACCUGGCCAUACUAUUUAAUAUCAUCAAUACGUUGAUGUAGUCACUGCUAUUUUACUUUUUUAAAAUUUCCCCCCAAUAUUCAUUAGAAAUAUCAAUCCAUACUUUUCUUUGGGUCUUUCCAGUCCUCAAGUUUAGAUACGAAGACCAUGUUGGUAUCCCAGAAGAACUGGUUGAAUCUUGUCUCCUUAUCUUGAUAAAAUAUUGGAAUUGAUUGUUCUCAAAUUUUUACAAAAUACAAUUAACUUGUGAAUCAAUCACUUCCUCCUUGGGAGUUCACUUGUGGAUUGUUUAACUUCUUUUUCGAGGUCAGAUCAUUAUUUACUUAAUUAUUGUUGUGUUCAUGUGCAGGCUUGCAUCCUUGUCAAUACCAAUUAAAACUGGUAGUUGGAUUGGCGUACGAUUUAGUAAAUAGUUUAAUUCUAGAAUCAGAACCACAGAAAAGCAAGUGCACCCUUGCUCCCCAUUUCCUGUUUUCAUCACUUGCCGCCCCCCUCUCUCCUUACUUGUAUCAUCUUCCUAUGCUGUUUUUCGCUAAUCAUCUAUGUAAUAAGACUUCUAUUAGGCCUAACGUAGUUGUGAGAAUUGAACUGAUUUGAUACUUCUACAAGUCUGUAUUCAGCUGUCUGAUAAAAUAGUAAGUUCAUUAAAGGCUUAGGAACAAAACUACAAGAACCAGUAUGAAAAAUCGGGAAGGCGACAGGGCCAGGAUAUUGUGCAAUAGUUUUUUUCCACGAGUGGAAAGGAGAGUUGAAAUUUGCCCAGGGGAGCGGUUUCAUAAUCAGAAAGGAAUACGGAGCUUGCGCGCUGGGGCGGCGAGGGGGGAGGGGAGGGGAGCGAGGGAGGAGCAUAGGGAUUAAGGGGAAAGUAAAAGUUGACGGGAAAAGUCCUGGAGCGAGCCUGGUUAGAGAUGCAAGUCCCGAGCGUGUGGCCCUGGGUCGGGCGGCCCCUCCUCAGCAGAGCAGGACAAUUUGUGGGGUUGGGGGGAGUGGCGAUGCGGAAGGAAGCCUAGAAGCCGAGGACUUUAGGUGGCUGUCAGGCAGGCAGGCGGGCGGGCGGGCGGGCGGGCUGGCAGGCAAGCAAGCAAGCAAGCAACUAAGCAGGCACGGGCACCUAGGACUAUUGCGAAAGCGCUCUGGGCGCGAGCGAGACAGCUCCUUUCUGAGAAAGGGUGGGUGGCUCUGAAAAGAGCCUUUGUUUCGGGGCUUAAGGGCACGAGCGACUCCUGGGGCAGACCGGCUUACUUCGAGCUGGUAUACUUGGUGACGGCCUUGGUGCCCUCGGACACGGCGUGCUUGGCCAGCUCCCCGGGCAGCAGCAGGCGCACGGCCGUCUGGAUCUCCCGGGAGGUGAUGGUGGAGCGCUUGUUGUAGUGCGCCAGGCGGGAAGCCUCGCCGGCAAUGCGCUCGAAGAUGUCGUUGACGAAAGAGUUCAUGAUGCCCAUGGCCUUGGAGGAGAUGCCGGUGUCAGGGGUGGACCUGCUUCAGCACCUUGUAGACGUAGAUGGAGUAGCUCUCCUUGCGGCUGCGCUUGCGCUUCUUGCCGUCUUUCUUCUGGGCCUUGGUCACGGCUUUCUUGGAGCCCUUCUUAGGGGCAGGAGCAGACUUGGCCGGCUCGGGCAUUUCGAGAGCGCAAACAGGCGUGAAAAAGAAGAGAAGGAACGACUUCGGAGAAACGAACAACGAAGACUGCUGAGCCGGCCCCCGCUACUUAUAGUGCUCAUAUGCAAAUGAAGGCUCCGGCAACGCUAGGUUCCCAUUGGUGGCUUCUCAGGGUGUCGUCAUAGGCGGAGAGGACGGCCAUGUAAAUAACGGAAUCCGAGGCGAGCUUCCCUACUGGCCGUCCGGACAAAGACAGUCCGUCGGCCAAUCAGACGGCUCAGCUCCACACUCCCCGUGCAAGCUAUAAAAGGCCCCGGUGCGAGUGGUCCGGGCACCAGUGUAGUUUCUCAGUUGGCGAUUGACGCAGCUGUGUUGUAACUCGUAUCCGUCAUGUCUGGCCGCGGAAAGCAGGGAGGCAAGGCUCGCGCCAAGGCAAAGUCCCGCUCGUCCCGUGCUGGACUGCAGUUUCCCGUGGGUCGUGUGCACCGUCUGCUGCGCAAAGGCAACUACGCCGAGCGGGUCGGUGCCGGCGCCCCCGUGUACAUGGCGGCAGUCCUGGAGUACCUGACGGCCGAAAUCUUGGAGCUGGCGGGCAACGCAGCCAGGGACAACAAGAAGACGCGUAUCAUCCCCCGCCACCUCCAACUGGCCAUCCGCAACGACGAGGAGCUCAACAAGCUGUUGGGCAAGGUGACCAUCGCCCAGGGCGGCGUGCUGCCCAACAUUCAGGCCGUUCUGUUGCCCAAGAAAACCGAGAGUCACCACAAAGCCAAGGGCAAGUAAGCGGACUCGGAGCUCCUGGGGCCGAAAGGCUCAUUCCCGAAACCAACGGCUCUUUUCAGAGCCACCCACCCUGUCAGCAAAAAGGGCUGUUGCCGAAUCCCGGUCCCGGUCCCGGUCCCUGUCCCUGUCCCGCUCCCUAUGGGAAUCCGAAGGCGGCGUGACUUGUUGCACACGUCUCCCCGCUCCUAGCACGAACCGAAACCAACCACCCACCAAACCGAGUAAGAUGGAAAAGUCGCUGCUAAAUUAGCGAGCUCGGGUCGAGACCUGCAUCUCGCUCUAGCCUCACCCUAACCUCGCCUCCCGUGUCCCGAAGGCCGUGGAUAGCGCCCAGUGCCACUUUACUCUGGUCAAAAGGUGGCAAAGUUUCCCUAGCACCAAAACACCCCUGGCGGAAACGUCGGUCAGCAGCUGACUCGUGUCCGCGGGGUGGGGACACAAAAGCCUUGGAAAUCGCUAAGUGCCGCUAGCUUAAGCUUUCCCGCAGAUAACUUGGGAGCCAGGCUCCUGGCCAAUCCACCGCUUAGGCGGGCUUUUCAUGCGCUGCCCGGAGCCCUACACACAAUGGAAGCCUGCGGGGCGGGGGCGGAGGGGGGGAUUGCGAGGGAGGGCUGGCUCCCGGAAGUAGUACCGCACAACUUUAACACGGUUCUUAAAGGAGGGAGAAGGUUGAAAUAAAAAAAGCGCCUCGUUCCUGCCCUCA